GGUCUCCAUGGCAACAGGCGGGAUUUGCCAGCUGGGAGGCAGAGUCAAUCGGUCCUCAGUUGGUAUCACCGCCCCAGCUUCCACACCGCAUCACGCCCCGAGUGGAAUGGAUGACCAGGACAAGAAAGACAAUGGGCAGUACGUCGGCGAGAUUAAAGGUGGAAUGCGGCCUUCAAUGAAACUGGUUGUCAUGGGAAUUAUUGAUAAAAAGCCCAAGAGCAUCGAGGUGACCGUGUCCUGCAAGCCUCAGGAGGAAGAGGCAGAGGCGGACGUGGGUCUGCAGCUGAAGGUCAGCUUCAUGGAUAAGGCUGUCCAACGUAACGCCCGUUUGGCUGGGAAGUGGGGUCCGUGUGAAAACACACUCUCUUUCUUCCCCUUUGCACCCGGAGAAGCCUUUAAGAUGGAGAUCGUCUGUGAACACCAGCAGUUCCGCAUCUUGGUGGACGGCCAGCCUCUGUGUGGCUUCAACCACCGGGUCUCCAAGCUCGCCUCCCUCACCGCCUUAAGAGUCUUCGGGGACCUACAGCUCACCAAGGUUGCCUAGCGCCGGCCUCUGGCUGACAGGAAGCUGAACUGAGGGUUCCCCCACGCCGCCGGGGGGACGGUACACACACCGCCAUUAGAUUAGAACUCCUUUUUUUCCAGUCGCCAUCAUCGGGAUGCUUCGCCGUUUUAGUUCGCCGACAAAGUUGCACCAGCCUCGUAAUCCUAUGUUGAGACAAAGUGCCUUCGCUAAGAUUACCUGACUGGAGACUUGAAGAUGCCGACUGAACGUAGCCACAGUCGUCUUGUGUCUUAAAUCGAAUGAGGAAUGUGCUUUUGAGUUGUUGUGAAUUGGAACGCGAUCCAAGGUCUACUCUUAGGGCGAGAAAUGUUCGCGCCUUUGAAGCCACAGAAAAAGCGAGUUAAGAACUCUGGAUUAGUUUUUAUCCCUUCAGAAACGAAGGUUUCAGAAACCUGUCAUAGACGUUUCUGGAAAAAACCUUUGAAAGCUUUUCAUUUCCUAGAGGUUUUUUUUGUUGUUUUUUUAAGUUGAAGACAUAGUGAAGAUUGUUAGUGCGUGCCCUGAAAGACACAGCACUGUAUUUGGAUUUGUCUCAGUUUACAUUGGAUUCAUUUUGUCCCACACAGUUGCAUUCAAAAUGGCGGCACGUUUUGAAACAUCAGCUGAGCUUAAAUUUGCUUUCAAAUCCAUACAACUGUGGAAGAACUGUAGUUUUUCUAGAAUCAGACAUUUUUUAAGCAAUGAUUUAUAUCACUGAAUUUUUACUCUGUGCAAUUAUAUAUA